AAGUGUUUGAAGUGAUCAGACUUACAGAAACAGUCAUCAGUGUUGUAUGUUGUGUGUGCAGAUCCAGGCUUUGAUGCUGAAUAUAACCUGCAGUGUUUCUCUCUCAAUCUCUUUAAGUUUAGUGUGACUUUAUCUCCACGCUGACAUAUGACUGACACGAGUCUGUCCUCAGUGAAGUGUCUCUUCACGCUGGAGGAGGAGUCCCGCUCAUCAGCGCUCACACUUUAUUGAUAUAUAUGGAGAAAAUAAAAAUGCUGCUUUCUGAUUUGUCACUGAUUGUGUUUGAUGAUUUCCUCUGUUGUGUCUAAUAAGGUAACAGUGAGUGUCAUUGGCAGCUGUGAGAGUCUCUCUCUCUUUAGGGGACUGACAGGAGCCAGUUUCUUCGGUGUGUUUGAGGGAGCAGGAGAAAAAAAACAGUGUGACGAGCAGAAGAAGAUGGAGAGUUGUCUGAUUCUGAUGUUUCUGUGCUAUAUGGUAAAACUCACCACCUCUGACAGUGUGAAUGUGAGGUUGGUGAAUGGCAAUAAUCCCUGUGCUGGUAGAGUGGAGGUUCUUCAUGCUGGUCAGUGGGGAACAGUGUGUCAGUAUUUCUGGGAUAUUGCUGAUGCUGCAGUGGUGUGUAGAGAGCUGGACUGUGGGACGGCUGUAGAAGCAACAAUUAACGCUCACUUUGGACAAGGAUCAGGACCAAUUUUAAUGUCUGAUGUACACUGUGGUGGAUCAGAGACUGCACUGAAAGAGUGUAGAUCAGACAGCCGAUAUGCACAGUCCUGCAAUCAUAAUCAAGAUGCUGGUGUCGUGUGUUCAGACUCAAAGCAAGGACUUCGACUCGUGGACGGGAUUCACCGGUGCUCUGGGAGAGUGGAGGUGCUUCAAACAGAAGGAUGGGUUUCAGUGUGUGCUGCUGCCUUUGACCAGCAGGAUGCAGAGGUUGUGUGUAGAGAGCUGGACUGUGGGAUUCCUGUACAGGUGCUGGGAGAAGCUGCUUUUGGAAAAGGAAAGGGUCGAGUUUGGUCAGAGGAGAUUCAGUGUAGAGGAAAUGAAGCUCAGAUACACAACUGUUCACGAAUAUCUUCACAGAAGCACAACUGUUCCCAUGACAAUGAUGUUGGAGUGAUUUGUUCUGGUUACACUGAUCUCAGACUGGUCAAUGGUCCUGACAUCUGUUCUGGUCGAGUUGAGCAUCAGUACUUCAGUAAAUGGGGCACAGUGUGUGAUGCAUGCUGGGAUAUGAGAGCUGCCACUGUCCUCUGUAGACAGCUGAAUUGUGGGAUUGCUGUGUCUGUUGUGGGAUCAGACUGGUUUGGAGAGGGAAGUGGUGAAAUCUGGGCUGAUGUGUUUGAUUGUGACGGGAAUGAAUCAAAACUCUCAGAAUGUUCCAUCUCUUCAUGGAGUCGAGCUGAAAGUUCUCAUAGACGAGAUGUUGGAGUCAUCUGCUCUAAUUCCUCUCUGGCUGUUCAUGAUGGUCUGGUGCGGUUGUCUGGAGAGAGACAGUGUGAGGGGGAGGUGGAAGUUUCCAUCCAUCAGGUCUGGAGGAGAGUUCUGCUGGACUCCUGGAGUCUCACUGAAUCCUCUGUGGUCUGCAGACAGCUGGGCUGUGGCUCUGUGCUGAACUUCUCCGGCUCCUCUUCAUCCAGUCCUGAGCACAGUCAUGAGUGUGUGACGGGCUUCCAGUGCUCUGGGAGUGAAGCUCAUCUGGGGAACUGCAGCUCUCCACAAACUCUCAGCUGCAGCUCCACACAACAGCUGUCAAUCACCUGCCUUGGUCAUGGGUCCAUCAGGCUGGUGGGUUCUGGGGGAGACUGUGCAGGGAGGCUGGAGGUUUUUCACAGCGGCUCAUGGGGGACAGUGUGUGAUGACUCCUGGGAUAUUAAAGAUGCCCAUGUGGUGUGCAGACAGCUGCAGUGUGGAGUGGCCCUCAGUAACCAGCAGGUACCAGCCUGGUUUGGUCCUGGUUCUGGACCCAUAUGGCUGGAUGAGGUGGAGUGUGAGGGGAAUGAGAUGUCCCUGUGGAGCUGCUCUUCUCCAGGCUGGGGAAAACAUGACUGUCAACACAAGGACGAUGUAGGAGUCGUGUGUUCAGAGUUUAAAGAGAUCAGGUUAACUGAGGGCUGUGAAGGGAAUCUGGAGGUUUUCUACAAUGGAUCCUGGGGAAAUGUGUGUUACAAUAAGAUGGACAGAGACACAGUGAGUCUGAUCUGUCAAGAGCUGAACUGUGGAAGAUCUGGUGUUUUGUCUGAUUCUACAACAAGAGUGAAAUCAGCUCCUAACUGGCUGGAUGAAGUGAAAUGUCGACGUCAUGAUUCCACUUUAUGGCAGUGUCCAUCUUCACCCUGGGGACAGAACGACUGUAAUGAAGAUGAAGUGGCCAAAAUCACCUGUUCAAGUGAGAUGAUAUUUUAAUGAUGGUCUCAAUAG